AUGAUGCAAAUACUGGGUAGAGUACUGUGUAAUAGAAGCAUUUACUCUACCUUUAGAAAUAAUAAAAGAUUCAUAAUUCAUGGCAAACGAACUAGUUCAAAAGAUAUGAAGAUCAAAAAUAAUAAUGACAAAAUGGUGCUGUUUUAUAAAUUAAAAAUGCAAAUGAAAGGUGCAAUACAAGAGUAUGGUAGCGCAAAACCCAACGACAAUUUGAAAUUAGCACAAAUUAUUGAACAAGCUAAAAAGAAAAAUAUGCCUGUUGCUUCAAUAAAAAAUUUUCUGGAAAAAAUGGAAUCACGGAAAAAUAAGACUCAAGAAGGAGUAAUAGAAAUUCGUGGGCCAAGUGGUUAUGUCAUGCUUGUACGCUAUUUUACAGAUAAUUUCAAGCAAUUUGAAGGAGAUCUAAAUCACAAAUUGAAAAAAUGCAGUGGAAGUGUGUGUGGAAAUCAUUCUAUCAGAAAUAUGUUCACACACAUAGGUACUAUUGUAGCUGAAAAAAAGAAUACUUUAGAACAGGCCACAGAGGAUGCCAUUGAAGUUGGUGCUGAAGAUGUAGAAGAAUUCGAAGAGAAUGAUAAAAAAUAUUUCCAGUUUAAAUAUGAUCCAAAGCUUUCCUCAAAGAUAAAAAAUUUAUUGGAACGUCGUCAAUAUAAUGUGCUUUCAGCAAUAGAAGAUUAUGUGCCACACAAUGUAAUAGAAUUAAGUGAAGCAGACAUGGAAGCUGUUUCCCACAUUCACGAAAAAGUUCAUAGUUUGGAAGAUGUUAUUGUUAUAUACGAUAAUAUAUAAAUUGAUGUAAUAUAAACCACAAUCUAUAAAAGUUACAAUCCUACAUUAGUGGCUGCUUUAUAUUAGUAUUUUCUUUUAUUAUCUUCUUUAUUAUAGACAUUCUUAAAAAAUUUCAAAUGAGGAAUGAAAGAUAUGGCUUUGCUGCUUCAAUAUAAAAAUGUUAAUAUUUAUGAAAAAUUAUUUUAUUAAAAUCAUAUUAAUAAAACGUACAGAACUGACAUGAAAACUA